GGGGGGAGGGUUUAUCGCGCGGCCGAUUUUUGGUUAAAAUAUUCAAAAUGGCGGACGGAGGAGCAGCGAGUCAAGAUGAGAGUUCGGCGGCGGCGGUGGCGGCGGCGGCAGACUCAAGAAUGAACAAUCCGUCAGAAACCAGUAAACCAUCGAUGGAGAGUGGGGACGGGAACACAGGCACGCAAACAAACGGCCUGGACUUUCAAAAGCAGCCUGUGCCUGUCGGAGGAGCAAUCUCUACAGCCCAGGCCCAGGCCUUCCUUGGGCACCUUCAUCAGGUCCAGCUCGCUGGAACAAGUUUACAGGCUGCUGCUCAGUCCUUAAAUGUACAGUCUAAAUCUAAUGAAGAAUCUGGGGACUCUCAGCAGCCAAGCCAGCCUUCCCAGCAGCCUUCAGUGCAGGCGGCCAUACCCCAGACCCAGCUCAUGCUGGCCGGAGGACAGAUCACCGGGGUAAGAGUUACCCAGGGAUGCUGCAGUCCCACACAGCUCACGUUGACGCCAGCCCAGCAACAGUUAUUGCUCCAACAGGCGCAGGCCCAGUUGCUGGCGGCUGCAGUGCAGCACUCAGCCAGUCAGCAGCACAGCGCUGCUGGUGCCACCAUCUCGGCCUCUGCUGCGACGCCGAUGACGCAGAUCCCUCUAUCUCAGCCAAUACAGAUUGCACAGGAUUUGCAGCACUUGCAGCAGCUUCAGCAGCAGAAUCUCAACCUGCAACAGUUUGUGUUGGUGCAUCCAACAACCAACUUGCAGCCAGCACAGUUCAUCAUCUCACAAACGCCGCAGGGGCAGCAGGGUCUCCUGCAAGCGCAGAAUCUCUUAACGCAACUACCUCAGCAAAGCCAAGCCAACCUCCUGCAGUCUCAGCCAAGCAUCACCCUUGCCUCGCAGCCAGCAACCCCAACACGCACAAUAGCAGCGACCCCCAUUCAGCCACUUCCACAGAGCCAGUCAACACCAAAGCGAAUCGACACUCCCAGCUUGGAGGAGCCCAGUGACCUUGAGGAGCUUGAGCAGUUUGCCAAGACUUUCAAACAAAGACGGAUCAAACUUGGAUUCACUCAGGGUGAUGUUGGGCUCGCUAUGGGCAAACUCUAUGGAAAUGACUUCAGCCAAACUACCAUCUCUCGCUUUGAAGCCUUGAACCUCAGCUUUAAGAACAUGUGCAAGUUAAAGCCACUUCUGGAAAAGUGGCUCAAUGAUGCAGAAAACCUCUCAUCUGAUUCAACUCUCUCCAGCCCAAGUGCCCUGAAUUCUCCAGGGCAAGGGAUCGAAGGCUUGAACCGUAGGAGGAAGAAACGCACCAGCAUAGAGACCAACAUACGUGUGGCCUUAGAGAAGAGUUUCCUGGAGAACCAAAAGCCUACCUCGGAUGAGAUCGCCAUGAUAGCUGACCAGCUAAACAUGGAGAAGGAGGUGAUCCGCGUUUGGUUCUGUAACCGGCGCCAGAAGGAGAAAAGGAUCAACCCACCCAGCAGUGGUGGAACCAGCAGCUCGCCCAUCAAAGCAAUUUUCCCUUGUCCAACCUCACUGGUGGCAACCACGCCAAGCCUUGUGACUAGCAGUGCAGCUACAACCCUGACUGUCAACCCCGUGCUCCCUCUGGCCAGUCCUGCUGUCACCAGUCUGUCAGUCACAGGCACAACAGAAACCACCUCCAACAACACGGCAACAGUGAUUUCAACAGCACCUCCAGCUUCUUCAGCAGUGACAUCACCCUCCCCGAGCCCUUCCCCUUCUGCCUCAGCCUCCACUUCAGAGGCCUCCAGUGCCAGUGAGACCAGCACAACACAGACAACCUCCACUCCCUUGUCCUCCCCUCUCGGGACCAGCCAGGUGAUGGUAACGGCAUCAGGGUUGCAAACGGCGGCAGCGGCCGCGUUACAAGGAGCUGCACAGUUGCCUGCAAAUGCAAGUCUUGCUGCCAUGGCUGCUGCAGCAGGGCUAAACCCAGGCUUGAUGGCAUCCUCGCAGUUUGCAGCUGGAGGUGCCUUACUCAGUCUCAAUCCAGGGACAUUAGGUGGUGCUCUCAGCCCGGCCCUGAUGAGCAACAGUACACUGGCAACUAUUCAAGGAUCGCUUCAUGGAUCGGAGAACUUUCUAACCAAAAAUGUAAAAAAAAAAAAAAAACCACAAAAAAACUAAAAACCGCAAAAACACAAAAAAAGUGAAAGGACUACUUAUCAUUUCCAGCAGUCACAAUGACAAGUUAAGGUGGGUUAUCAGUUCAAACAUAGGAAGGGGAUUUCUUGGUUUUUUUGGUCUAAAUAUCUUUCUUUUUUAAUUAUCAUUUUAUAGGUCUGUUGUACAGGCCAUUAUGUCAUACAAGGUGUUUAUAAUCGUAUCAAUCAUGUUGGGGGUUCCUUUCUUAACUGGUACAAUUUAGGCAGGCCUGUAUUACUGGUGUAUCUCUAUUAUUAUUAUUAUGAUUAUUAUUAUUAUUAUUUUUAUAUAUAUAGUUUGGACGCGUUUGUCUUUUGCUCCUGGAUUAUUUUCAGCGAGCUCCCACACCAUGGGGGGAGGGUGGGGGGGUGGAGAGGAAGAAUGGAGCACAAAUAGACUUUCUAUCCUAAUCUUCUGGAAAUGUUCUGAACAGUUUCCUCAUCCUUGAAUUUGUCUAAUGCCUACUUGUAGGGGUCAGAAGAAUUUACGUUCAUCAUUUGUGCAGGAAGCUCAGUGCAGCAGCAGAGAUCAUUGUGUGCAAACUUCCAGGCUGGUCUCUGCUUUGUAAGCAGAGGUAGGAAUUUGCUCCAAACUGCCAUUCUUCUCCUCUCAAAUAUUUAGACAAAACAGCCAAAGUCUGCUCUUAGCUUUGUGUGCUUGGUUCCUUUUACUUCACAGAGAGCAGGAUGUGACCUCCCGAGUGUGGAUUGUGUGACAAUACUGAUGGCUCUUCUGUUCCAGUGAUUUCAUUUUGCUGUGCAAAAGCACACACAAAUAUUUAAAAAACAUCAUGACCCAGGCUAAUUGGCAGCAUGUAAAGCAGCAUCUAGAGUCCUAGAUACCCUCUAGGUGAGUUGGUACCGGAUCAGAAGGUCACAUUCUCCCCAUUCAUAGCAAUAUUCCUUUUCUGAUGCUUCCAACACUAUUUAGAAGAGCUUCCUAGUAAAAAAAAAAAGUGCUUCUGGCUGCAAAAGACAGAAGCCAGGACUAUGGGAACAGAAGGUGCCAUUGUUAAUGCCAACACAGCAGAGCCACUCUGGGGCUUUGCACACGCCGGGCUGAUGGCGCGUGGUCUCUGCGCUGCGGGGCCGCUCGCAGCGGGAGCGCGGCAAUCGGCCUCUGGCCUGGCACUGCAACUCACUUUUUAAGGUUGAUUCUGAUCUGUGGAGCAAAGGAUAUUUUUGUGGAUGAGGAAGGAGUAACGAACUGUACAGAAGUUAGACCCGUAUAUUCUUAAAUAUACAAUCCAGUAUCUGAACCAAAAAAGAAAAAAGAUUUUUAAAGAGAGAAGACUGGAUCACUGCAAUGCAGUUCACGUUAAACUUUCCAUUCCUGAUGGAUUUAAAGGUUUCUGCCAUGUGUAAAAAACUAAAUUACUUUUAGCUAGUGAGGGUAUUAGAAGAGUCCCUUUCCCACCCACCCCUUUUUCUUUUGUCACCAGAGUGUCCUAAAAUAAUGAGCUGAUGCAGCUAUGUUCGUUUUGUUGGUGAUUCAGGGGGAUCCUGGAGCUUCUCAUCCAAGAUCCAGAAGGCAGCAGCUUUAAACUCUACACAUGCUUUGGUUUGUGGCCUGAGCAUGUGGGAGUUGUGUUUGCACUCAAGUGGCAGAACCCCUUAUCUCUCCCCCCACCACCAUGGUUUUGCUCUGUUCAUCUCUAACUCUCCACCUUCCUGUUUUACUGAUAUUUAAACCAAUUACCCCUAAAACUUCAAAACUAGUGAACUGCAAGCAGGGAAACUAACAAAUGUCCGUCCACCGUUUCUUAUGUGUUUUUGAUUUUUUUAUGUUUUAUUUUUUUAAAACUAAGCUUGAACCAAAGUCAAUUUCUAGCAAGCUGCUGUACUAAUGGACUAGUUUGUGUAAGUGCAGUUCAGAUGCAGAGAGGCGAUAGAUGCUACUGACAAUUUCUUUUUCAUUUGUCUUUUGUUUUUAUUAAUUUUAUAUAAAAGUUGCUGCUUGUUUUUAAUCUUUUUUUUUUUUUUUGGUUGGUAAUUUGUGUUAUCCUUGGGGCAGACUCUUAACUUGAUUUUAAUUUGUUUUCUUUUAUUUGAUGUGUAAAUAGAAUGGCAAUGUCAGAGGAUUGUUAAUCCAAGAGGUCUCACCUUUAUCCCCCCAGUAUGGAUGAAUCUCUGUAUUUUUGAUAUGUCUCUAGGUCUUCAGGCUGUGCAGGAGACUUUUAGGGCUAUGAAUAAUACUGCAAAAAUGGCAGUGGCCCACAGUAAAAGCUUCAGAGCAGCAACAGGUACAGCUGGGUGAGCUUCAGGGAGGUAGGGAAAAAGUAGAAGAGAAGAUGCUGGUACCCACUGUGCUGGUCUGGAGGCCACAGCACGGUCUGUAGUUUCUACCAAAGGAAUGCAAGUCCUUGGACUUGUUUUGGGUGAAGUAAGAGGAUGGGGAAAACCGCAGCUGUAGCGUUUGUUCCUGACUCUGAAAGUCCCUGCUUACUUUCACGCCUGUGCAAAAGUACAAUUUAUCAGGAAGCUUUUUUUGGUAGGGGAGGGACCACUGGGCUCGUCUCUGGUGGAUCCCCUCCUCCCCAAGGGUUUUGUGGUGGGGUGGGGGGCGUGGUCCUUGCAGAUAUCUAGGAAACACAAAGAAAGGUGGGCCUUAAAUCAGUGGAAAAUCCUCUCUCCACAGUUCCAGGAGACUGUGCCAUUAGCUGUCUGAAUGAGUUUUCAUGUCCCAUUCUUGCUGGUUUGUGGUUGGGAGAGGGUCUUGUUGAGUACAUAUCUGGAACACUAAUGCAGCUUGGAUGGUUUAUUUAUUAUAAAAAUCUGCUUUUUUUCCUGACUACCUUUGCAUUGGUCACAUGGCUUUGGUGUGAGCACCUUAUACCCCUUUCUUUACCCUCCUCUUCUCUACCCCAUCACCCUGUCUGGGGCCCAGAUUCCAGGGAAUUUCUUAGCGAGUUUUUUUCUGAGAGAAACUGGAAACUCAGCGUAGCCACAUAUCCAAAAAAGCUUGUUUUUUUUUUUUUCUUUUGCAGAAACUGACAUAAUACUCAAACAGCACAUAUCCCAUAGCAUCCAUUGCCAGUGUGCUCUGAUUCAUUGUCCCCUAAAACAUCCCUGUGAGUGACUGACUGACUGUUGUUCCUGGAGCCUACCUUUCGUCCCUAUCAGUGUUUUUCCUCGUGGAUGCUGGCUACCUCCAGUGUUUAGGUGAAAGACAGAAAUCAGACUGGCAGUGGGUGUACAUCUGCCAAGUUAGAGUGCAUGUACUCCUUCAGAGAAUGAAAACAAUAUGAGAUCAUGUACCAGAAUUUAGCAGAAGUUUCUUUUUUAAAUCAUCGUCAUGCUGGCAGCAGAAAUUGAUGCAUCUGGAAAGAAACAAUAACAAUUGUGUACAGACCCAGUAAAUAUGAUCACAGGAAGUUUGGUGGUGUGUUAGAAAAGGAUAAUAGCAUCUCUUUUUCAG